AUGUUGGCUUAUUUUGAACAAAUUGGCUUUCCAUGUCCAUCAUUCAAAAAUCCAUGCGACUAUUACGUAGAUUUAGUAACUCAUGAUUACUUAACCACUGAAUCAUCGUUGGAAUCAAUAAAUCGGAUCAAACGAUUGACAGAGAUUUGGAAGGAAAGAAUAAUUGAUGAAUGUGAAGCACAACUGAUAACUACUGAUCAACAAUUAUCACCAAAGAUUCAUCCAGUUAACUGUUAUCGUGUGGCAUUUCUCAUUUACAGACGUUUUUUUGAAAUAUUUCUGAAUAGAUCAUGGAUAUACUUUAAAGAACCAAUUUAUGCAUUUCUCAUUUCGCUUUUUGUUGGUUUUAUAUUUUUCCAAAUACCAAAUGAUCGUUAUGCUUCUAUUAAUGCUCGUUUUGGUUUUAUCAUUUCUAUGCUUGCAAUUUGCUUACUUCCAAAUCUUUUCAUUCAUAUCGAAAGAGUAUUUGAUGAGCGUUUAUAUUUACUUGAUGAUGUUCGAAAUAAACUGUAUGAUCCAACUUUUUAUAUUAUUAUUAAGAUUACAUAUGACUUACCAAUAGGCAUAAUUUGUAAUAUAUUAUAUGCAUUACCUGCUUAUAUACUAAGUGGACUUCCACUCGAUGGUACUUUCUAUUGGCCAUCUGUUUUCCUUUUCACGUUGAUUCUUUGCGUGCACGCGAUUUUGUGGCGAUACGUCACGUGGAUUAUAGCGUAUAGUUGUUGCAAGCGGAUUUCUGCAAUCAUUGCAAUUGUAAUUCUGUUAAGUAAUUCAGUGAUGCUUUCCGGUUUUCUGAUUCAUCCAAAUAGUUUUCCUGCACUGAUCAAAUUGCUAUAUUAUUAUAAUCCAACAAAAUUAGCUGGUGCAUUGUUAGCUGAAAAUGAAUUUCUUCGUCGAACAGCACUCACCGAUUGGUUCUUUGAAAUGCUAAUUGAUAAUUCAACUGCUAGCGGUAAUGUCACAGAGUUGUUAAUUGGCUGCGAAAGGAAACAAAUUUUAGCAAAAAAAAUUAAUAAUAUGCCAAUUUACACUGCUUCACAUUGCUCUAAAAUUCAUGGAUCACAAGCACUUUACUUCUCAGGCUUAUCAUUAGCUACAUUUACAUCAUCUGUUGAACAACUUCAACAAGCCAUUCAUAUUUAUGCUAUUUGGUUUAUAGCUAUUUUUGUGAUACUUUUAUUUGUGUUUUCGAAAAUUUUUUCACCACACAAUUUUGCAACUACCUAUAUUAUUUCUGUUUAUCAUUCCGAAAAUAUGCGAGAAAUUAUUUUUGUAAUUUUGCCAUUCAAACUACAACAAUCCAGGCGUUAUCGUAGAGGUCAAACUAUCUUUAUUGUUUAUUCAUUACCAUUACACCAUUAA